AUGAGUUUCGUUACAGAUCACUCCGGUCGACUCUUUACAGCUGGCAAGAAGAAGUGUUCCUUAAAGGAUCUUGCUCGCAACGACGUAAUCUUUGCCACAAUGGAGGGUCAUUCGAAGCCCAGACAGAGUGCCCAUCUGCUAGCGGCUGCAAUCCUUGGCUUCUACGACUCAGAGAAGCUUUUUCCACCAGGGCUGAGGUCGGAUAUGGAAUGUGUGCAGCAGUGGUCUCUUCGCAUGGGGGAUGCCAUCAAGAAGAUGGAGCCAAAGGCCACAUCGCCAGCCGACGACGAGUCAGAGGAUGAUUCGGUGGAUGGCCACGGAGAUUGCAGCGACCUGUCUGUUUUGGGGUCUUCGAGUGCUGCUGCCUCUUCUUCAGGUAGUGCGGUGCCCUCGACUAGGACGGAUAGCUUGCUCAGUCGGCUGGCUUCACAGCUUCACAAAUGCAAGCUCAGUCAGGGUGAUGCAUCCACGAAAGCGCCGAGCUCCCCAGGAUCCGGUCUAAGUGUGAGGUCAAUUCUUUCUCGAGUCCAGAAGAACAAGAUGCAGGAAUCACCAACCUAUGUGCCAGAUGUUUUUGCUGGGAAUGGCAAGAAUUCGGGCAAGGUGGUCACCGACCUUCCUGAUUAUGUUCAGCAUGGGCUUCUGAAGCUGCGAUCCGAAAGAGCACCUGAACCGGUUGCUGUAAGUGAGCAGUACCUCGCCGCAUAUGCGAACGACGACGAUGAUCAGGAUGAUGAUGGUGAUGUGGAGGCAUCGCCAAGUGGUGGUGGGGCCAAGAAGGCUGAUGUUCCCAGAUCUGGGGUCUUGACUAGCUUCAUGCAUAAGAGGGUUCCGGAAGCUGACAAGGGUCCUGCAGUUCCUACCAAGCCUGCCGGCAAGAAGGAAUUGAAGAAGCGCAGGGUGAAUCAGGACGGCCCAGCGGCCCCUGCCAAUUACACCCCGCACCUGUACGCUGAGCGACGUGUGCACUUCAUCCAGCAGGCCAGGGCAGAUGGUAUGAGCCUUAGGCAGGCCCAGGAGGCUUGGAAUGAUUCCGAUGCGAAGGACCGAGAGUUUCUGGAACUCUUUGCGGGUCAGAUGGCCGUCACAAAAGCCCUCCGAGCAGUCCCUCGGCACGCCUUCGUGGAGUCGCCGUGGACCUUCAGCUGGACCCGAGGACGAUGGAUAUCCUGCAGCCAGCAGUCUGGCCAUGGUGGAAAUCCUACGACUGCGACCCGGGUCACUGGUGGUGAUAGCUCUAGAUUGCCGAUCGUUUUCCUCAAUGUGGCUACCUUGGCAUGCCUGGACCUGGCUGCGAAACUGUCAAGAUGGAGCUCUGGGCGCUCCCUCAUCCGACUCUGGGGGUACAAGGACCGGGAGUUUGUGGCUUCGGGUAACAAGCUAUCUUCCAGGGUGGCCCUCUUGCUCUACCUGUGCCAAUGGCGAAACGUUCGGUGGCUGCUCGAGCAACCAGAUGGGUCCAUGCUUCCCCAUCUGCCCCGCUUUCAACAGUUCUGGCGAAAGUAUGAUGUCUACCAUUCUUACUUUUGGAUGGGGAAGUUCAAUGGGCCAACGCCCAAGCGCCACCGCAUCUGGUCAAACUGCUUCGAUCUGGUCGAUGGAAUACAAAAGAGAGCAGGCCACAUGCUUAAAUCGGAGAUGAAGCGACUGACCAAGCGGCUUGUGCACAGAUAUGAUGAUAAGUUGGGCACGAGAAGGUUUACAGGGAAACGAAAGGAACUUCGGGACAGCCAGAUCCUUGGCUGA